AUGGAUACCUCAAAACUUCAUGUAGCAAUGUUUCCAUGGCUUGCUUUUGGCCAUUUCAUUCCUUACCUUCACCUCUCAAACAAGCUUGCAGAGAGAGGUCACAAAGUCUCCUACUUAUUGCCUAAAGGAGCUCUCCCAAAGCUACAACAACUAAACCACCAUCCAGACCUUAUUCACUUCUUUCCUCUUGUGAUUCCCCAUGUUGAUGGUCUCCCUUCAGGUGCAGAAACUGCUUCCGAUGUACCAUUCCCUCUUCAUGACCUACUUAUUUCUGCCAUGGACAACACUAAAGAUCAAGUUGAGACAAUUCUCACCAAUCUCAAGCCAGACAUUGUCUUCUUCGAUUUUGGACAAUGGAUUCCGUCAAUAACCCGUCAGUUAGGAACUAAGUCGAUUUACUAUUCAGUGGUUAACGCAUGCACGCUUGCAUUCUUCAUGGUCCCAGUUCGAAGAAUUACUCUGGAGACUACCUUGGAAGAGCAAAUUCAACCACCGCCUGGCUACCCUUCUACUACUGUGAUAAUUAAACCCAAUGAGGCUCCUCAUAUUGUUGGGCUAAGCGAUCCCCUUGAAGGGGUUUCCCUUUACGGGCGGCUGACUGGAAGUAUGAAAGAGAGCGAUGCAAUUGCUGUGAGAACUUGCCAUGAAAUCGAGGGAUCUUUCUGUGACUAUCUUGCUCAGCAGUAUUCAAAGCCUGUGCUGUUAACAGGGCCUGUAUUGCCUGAAACACCAGAUGCACAGCUUGAAGAGAAAUGGGAUAAGUGGUUAUACAAGUUUGAGCCAGGUUCAGUGGUGUAUUGUGCUUUUGGUAGCCAAAUUACACUACAAAAAGAACAAUUCCAAGAGAUGAUGUUGGGGUUUGAGUUAAGUGGAUUUCCAUUCUUGGUGGCUCUGACACCACCUCAUGGAUGUUCAACCAUCGGAGAAGCAUUACCUGAAGGGUUUAAAGGGAGAAUUGGUGAGAGAGGUUGGGUGCAUGGAGGAUGGGUAUCGCAGACACUGAUACUAAAACACCCUUCUGUUGGGUGUUUUUUAAGUCAUUGUGGAUUUGGUUCCAUGUGGGAAUCUCUGGUUAGUGAUUGUCAAAUAGUGUUGAUUCCAUUUCUACCUGAUCAAGCUAUGGGUGCAAAAUUAAUGGUAGAAGAAUUGAAGGUAGCUAUAGAAGUGGGUAGGGGACUAGACGGAAUGAUUGGCAAGGAAGGUUUGAGCAAAGCAAUCAAAUCAGUAAUGGACAAUGAGACUGAAAUGGGUAAUUCAGUGAAGAACAAUCAUGUUAAGUGGAAAAAUAUAUUUUCUGGCAAGAAUUGGCAAGAUGAAAAGAUCGAUGGUUUCGUUCAGGAUCUGCAAUUUCUUUUGGAAUCUGGGAAAUAG